UGUUAGACUGGUUCUAGUUAGCGACUUUUGUCCCACCGGCAUACAGACUGACUCAGCCGCGGUGGCGGAGCAAUGUUUAUGUGUACUAACAGCUAGAAAUAGAGUUUCACUUUCUAAUUUCGUUUAGUUUGCUUCAGUUUUUGUCGCUGACACUCGUUGGACUUAGAUUAUCCAAGAGUUAGUUGCCUGAUAGUCUCAACCUGUUCUCGAAGAGCUAAGUCGCUAGCUUCUACUUGGAUACAGUGGGCAGUUUUUCCUCACUGCUGCGCAUUAUUAGAAAGGUGUCAGCAUGCUGCAGUAAUUGAAUUACAGAUUGAUGAAGAUCACAAUGGGCUCCUGGUUGGGGCCUCAGUGUAACAAUGGGAACUGCUCGACCAACAGCUCCAAAGAAUUCUGCUAUUCGGGCCGAAUUCGCAGCACCGUACUCCAAGGAUUGCCGUUUGGUGGUGUCCCUACUGUCCUCGCCCUUGACUUUAUGUGCUUUUUGCUGCUGCUGUUCGUCUUUUCUGUGUUGAGGAAGCGAGCGUGGGACUAUGGGCGCCUCGCCCUGGUGACUGACGCCGACAGAAAAAAAGAGAUCGAUCAACGGUAUAGCCGUCUGGAUGAUCGGGAAUACGUGAAUUCCCCUUUGCCAGAACCAAAUGAACGCUAUGCACGCCUCACGUCCGUAUCAAGCUCAAUGGACAUGGACCCGAGAGACACAGGCUUUUGCUCCUGGCUAACAGCCGUCUUCCGUAUCAAGGAAGAGGAAAUAAGGGACAAGUGUGGUGAAGAUGCAGUUCACUACUUGUCUUUUCAGCGGCACAUCAUUGGCCUGCUUGUAGUCGUGGGUGUGCUCUCUGUGGGCAUAAUCUUGCCUGUUAACUUCUCGGGGAACCUUUUAGACGACACUGCCUAUAGUUUUCCACGAACCACUAUAGGAAAUCUAGAUACAGAGAACAAACUACUAUGGUUACACACUAGCUUUGCAUUUCUCUACCUGCUGCUAACGGUGUACAGCAUGAGGCGGCACACGUCAAAGAUGCGCUACAAAGAGGACGAUUUGGUGAAACGCACUUUAUUUGUUAAUGGCAUCUCACAAUAUGCAGAAGAGAGGGAGAUAAAGCAACAUUUUGAGCUUGCAUACGAAAACUGCAUUGUCCUGGACGCUCGUAUCUGUUACAAUGUAUCGAAGCUGAUGUAUCUCAGCUCUGAAAGAAAGAAGGCAGAGCGUAGCAAAAAAUUCUUUCUUGAUCUGCAAGAUAAGGAGAAUGAGAAAACCAUGAUUAACCCCAAGCCUUGUGGACACCUUUGCUGUUGCAUCAUUAAAGGUUGCGAACAGGAAGAAGCUGUGAGUUAUUAUGCCAAGCUGGAGGCACAAUUAAGGGAUGAAUACAGGAAAGAGAGAGAGAAAGUUAACAAGAAGCCUUUAGGAAUGGCCUUCGUCACUUUUCAAAAUGAGGCCACAACUGCCAAAAUUUUAAAGGACUUUAAUGCUUGCAAGUGCCAAGGCUGCUACUGCCGUCGUGAACCCAAGAGCUCUCAGUUCAGCUCCAGGCUGCACACCUCCAACUGGACCGUCACUUACGCCCCCGAUCCACAAAACGUCUACUGGGAGCAUCUGUCAUUGGGAGGAUUUAAAUGGUGGGUCCGCUGCUUCAUCAUCAACUGCGUCCUAUUCCUUCUCUUGUUCUUUCUGACCACCCCAGCCAUUAUCAUCACCACCAUGGACAAGUUUAACGUCACCAAACCAGUGGAGUACUUAAAUAACCCCAUCGUAACCCAGUUCUUCCCCACCCUCCUGCUGUGGUCUUUCUCGGCUUUGCUUCCCACCAUUGUCUACUACUCCGCUUUCUUCGAAGCCCACUGGACCCGGUCAGGAGAGAACAGAACCACAAUGCACAAAUGCUACACUUUCUUGAUCUUUAUGGUCCUGUUGCUGCCCUCCCUUGGACUCAGCAGUUUGGAUGUUUUCUUCCGCUGGCUUUUUGACAAAAGUUUUUUGGAUGAAGCUACAGUGAGGUUUGAGUGUGUGUUCCUCCCUGACAAUGGAGCCUUCUUUGUGAACUACGUCAUUGCUUCUGCAUUCAUUGGUAAUGCUAACGACCUGUUGAGGAUCCCCGGUUUACUGAUGUACAUGAUCCGCCUGUCCUUGGCUCGCUCUGCAGCCGAGAGGAGGAACGUGAAGAAGCACCAAGCUUAUGAGUUCCAGUUUGGUGCAGCUUACGCCUGGAUGAUGUGUGUCUUCACUGUGGUUAUGACCUACAGUAUCACCUGCCCAAUCAUCGUCCCAUUUGGGCUGAUGUACAUGCUGCUGAAACACCUAGCAGAUAGGUACAACAUGUACUAUGCCUAUCUGCCAACAAAACUGGACAAGAAGAUCCAUUAUGGAGCUGUUAACCAGGUGGUAGCGGCUCCUAUCCUCUGCCUCUUUUGGCUUCUGUUCUUUUCCACCGUUCGCUCUGGGUUUACUGCUUCAACAUCCAUGUUUACUUUUGUGGUUCUGAUCAUCACAAUCAUCAUUUGCCUUUCUCACGUCUGCUUUGGGCAUUUUAAGUACUUAAGUGCUCACAACUACAAGAUUGACCAGGAAGUGGAUGGAAUGGAGGACGGACAUUCAGCAAGCCCUUCAUCUGCCGGCAAGACAACGCAAACAUACAUAUGUCAAGUACUUCAAGAUCCCUCGUCGGAGGAGGCUGGAUCAGGCAACGGAGAGGACGACGGGCAGGGGUCCUCGCAGGAUGAGGAAAUGAUCCAGGCUGGAAACAACCUGACCAGCGACUUCCAGUCCGGGGAGGCCAGUCUCAUUGAGAACGAGGUGCGGCAGUGAGGCAGUCUGGGACACGAAGACUAACGUCAAACGAAACUUGAUGAGUGCACUAAAUGUGUGACGUUAACAUGGAAGUGAACCAGCAGUUCACCAAAGCAUCUCAGCCUCCAUCAAGGGACCUUCCCCUGACUAACAUAAGCACACCGUCUACUAAGGAUUCAAUAGUUGUUUCUCAAGGACGUCUUCUUCAUCAGGUCUCGUAAAAGAACAUCUAGUGGGAAUCUACUUUGACGAGGCAAGAGCGGAAAAGACAAGGCUCUACCCAAACACUGCUUAUCAACCAAUGGAAGAAGAUGCUGAUGCACAAAUAAAGAGGUUUUGCCUUUUUUUGUGAAGGGAGAGAAGUUCUCUGUAUUUUCUUAACUUUAUUGUACUUGAAUGUUAGGAACGGGGAGCUCAGGUUUCUCUGAGGUACUGCAUUGUCGCAUGUAAAUUCAAAGGAUGGAGCAACUGUUUUUUUGUUGUUUUUUUUUCUCGUAAUGCUUCAUCGGUGUGUCUAACUGUCAGCUUUAGAAGCUUCCCAUGAAUUAGCAACUUACUAAUGUCGGCCUAAUUGGAGCUUUAGCGACGGAUUUAAAACGGUUCUUCCAAUUCCAUAGGAGCCUUUAAAGAUAAAAGAAAUUGCUACUAACACUCCUGGAGGCUUUGACACUACAUCUAUACAACUCUGGAUUUGUGAAGUAGCCUUUUUCGACCUGAUAUUUAUUGUAAGCAUGAUAUUUUUAAAUUCUGUCCAGCCUGAUGCUACUUUAAACUGUGGAAUAUGGUAUUUAAUUCAUCGUAGCACACUACACUGGCACAAUGCUCAACCUCUGAGCCUUUGUAGGGACUGCUGCUCCUGAUGUUGCCCCCCUAUGCCAGAAUAGGGCGGGGUUCCUUGCACAGCUACCGCAACAGAAACUGGAGGCUGAGAAUCUGUUGCUCAGAGGAGGCCUUUUCAGAUGACACUAUGACUAGUUCUUUAUGCAUCGUUUUUGUUUAAAUCUUCUCGUUAAUGUUUACAGCUUGACGUAGAGGUUAGAGAAUAGGCAUCGAAUUUAGAUGGCUGCUUACAGUUUUAUGAUUUGGUUAAAUUCAUUUCUCACCCCAUCCCUCUUUACUAACUUUUUAUUUACAGACUUUGCGACGUACAGUAGUAGUCAGACGUUUAUCCAACACAUCAUCAGAGUGAAGCAGGCGAUGUGGCUAUACAACAAGCAAAUUCAGCAAAAGUGUUUAAAAAAAGCUAACUGGGUGCACAAGUUUGUGGGUUUAGACAAAUUUCAAUACAUGUCCUAAGCAAGAUGUAGAGAAACCUCCGUUUUUGUUGUCACAAACAAAUUUCUGAUAGAUUUUUUUGUUUCAGUCUUUGUCCACUCUUCAUAUCAGAAACAGCUGACUUCAUAUAAGCUGGCUGGCUUUCUUUCAUGAGGUCUUUACGCCAUUACAGAAGCUUAAUUUCUUGCUGUAUUGAUUCCAUGAAUGUUUGGGAACAUUGCACCAUUGAGACUCCUGAAUAUGCCUCAAGCUGUUAAUUUGAGGUGAAGUUGAAGAGUUUAGAGGUAGCCUCCUUAAUAUUCCACACAAUCAGCCUCUUAGAUUGGCAGGGAAACAGUCUCUUAGCAUGAUGCAUGACUGUUGGUACAUUGUCAUCGUGAUCAGAUUUCAGUUCAGUUUGGAGCAGGAGCUUUUUAUCUUGAUACCUUCCAGUUUUAUAUUCCUGAGCCUUUUGGUUCCUGAACAUCGUUAACAAGUUCAGGUGGUUGAAACUUGGACUUCAUCAGCUUCAUCAAAGAUCCUUUACACUCGUCAAAACUGAUCUUGUAAUGGAUAAAGCUAAAAUCAUUAAGCUUCUGGAAUGGUACUGACCUCAGUUCUACUGAAUAUAUAGGGGAAAAAAUCCUUGGUAAUUCAAACUUGUUCUCCCAAUUCUUAAUUUUGAAACUUCCUUGGAGUUAUUUGUCGUUUAAUCAAUUCCCUCUAGAAUAAAAUAGACUCAUGCAUAAAAAAAACUCAAAUUAACAGCAUUCGCGCCAAUGAUGAUUGUUUGUGAACAACUGACUCAUACCGUAUGUUGGAAAUGUUAAUUUCCUGUAGUAUUUGAGUUCUGUUACAAUUUCUCAUUGCUCUGUACCUAAGGCAGUAGGUUUAGGUAUCUAAACCUACUGCCCAUAACAUGUCAGGUCUUGGCUGCAAUAGUUAAGCGCUCACAUUAUAGAUGCUCCAAUGAAGAAGUUUUACAUUUUUGUACCACUUUAUAAAAACAAUGUAACUAUAAAAGAAGAAAUCACCUGUCCUACAAGGAUGUCUCCAUACUUAUCUUCCAGAUUAAUUUAGUUUUCUGAAGUUUCUUCUCAUUGACUCUAACCAAAUGCUAACAUGUCAUAACAAAUCAUUUAAAAUCUAGUGCCCAUGCAGUUUCUCAGGAUCUUUUGAAUUUUUACUUUAAUUUUAUUUUUUUAAACGCAACACUAUGACUUGCCCCAUUAACCUUCAAGGAAACCAUUGGUGAAUAAUGCAACAAAAAAAAACAACAACCACUAAUCAAUCACUGUUGGAUAUAAUGCACUAAUAUUUCUCUCACUGAUAUGACUGACAGAGUAGUACGUGGAAACUGCAAUAGGCCAAAAUGGCCUCCAUUUGGUUUGAUGGCAUCAUUCGUUGACGCAUCGCGGUUCGAGUAAGACUGUUGACCUGACACUACUGUAUUUAUCUGCUGCUUCUCUUGUCAUGAUAAGGUGACUUGCUUUAUACCUCUUUUAUACAUGUGGGAUAACUGCAAAUCUCUGAAUGUGUCCAGUCAGGAUAACAAACACUGUCACACUGUGAGGGAGAUGGGUUUUUUAGCACCUACUGUAGUCUUUGUUCGAUAAAUAAAAUGUUACUAAUGAAUCUCUGAAAGAACUGUUUCCCAGCUAAUCAGGAAUUGAAUGUUUUAUACUGUAGCUACUCGUCUAUGUCUAGUUGUUUGUUUUCACAUUUCAUUGGAUUCUUAAAGCUGAUCAUGUGUUUCAUUUGUACUCAUUUAGUUCUGUUUAAAUCACUGGAAUAACUGGAAAGAAAUGUUUUGUUUUCAUCAACAGCCAACAGAUCAUCAUAAUAAUGUCUACACUAUAUAUUUAGAAAAACUGUGUGUGCACACUAAAUAUGUUUAAAUGUCUGUUUUGUAGAUUAAUGUUACAUGUUAAAGUAACAGUAGAAUUCAGCCUAUAACUCUGUCAUUGUCUCCAUUGCCCCAUGCAGAUAUUUGCUGUAUGCAUCUGUUCUGCCAUGGAGAUGUCUCAUCAAUAAAUCUGCAUCUAAUCAA